UCAGCGCAUCUCGCAGCUCAUCUAUCCAUAUACUCUCAGGCCCUGUGGUAUCAUGGCCCGUUUGGUUCUCUUCGCAAUUUUGCUGGCCACUGUGGUGGCAGCCUCCUGGAUCCCGCUUGCCCAAUGUGCCGAGACGGUUACUUGCUACAACUCCGGCAGAAAGUUCGAUCGUGCCAAGAUCAUCAGUGCGAUCAACUCAUUCUGCACCAAUACCAUUAAUCUAUCCGAUGGCCAGAAGGUUGAGAGGGAAUUCAGAUUCCCGUAUCCGGAGACCGGCCACAUCGACAUCUCUGCAGAGGCUCGAUGCUCGAUCUCAGUGAGCCCGAAUGAAUGUAACAGGCUGCUGCGACGACCCACAGACGAAUGCAACACCGGCGGAGAGAAUGGCAAGCAGGGCGGCUUCGUGGAGGACAAUUGCAAGAAGUUCAAAAUGGAUCCAAAUGCGUAGAUAUCGGUUUUUCCAUCGCAGUCUCCAGUGCUCCGAUGCCUCAUCUUCAUUUGAAUAAUUGUCAGUGAACUUUGUGUCGAGGGAACUUCCUUUGAUACAUCACGUCUUGAGUCAGCUAAGACUGACAUUGUGAACCAAUAAAUUGAAUAAAAAGCCGGAAACCUUUGGAAUCU